CGUCACCCUGCCGGUGGAGCGGCGGCCGCAGCUUGAGGCGCGGGUGAGGUUUGCCCGUCGUUUCCCGAGCUGCGUGUGCUAACGGUAACGCGGAGUCCAUGUCUUUUCUUGUAAGUAAACCCGAGCGGAUUAGGCGGUGGGUGUCUGAAAAGUUCAUUGUUGAGGGCUUAAGAGAGUUUGAACUGUUUGGAGAGCAGCCUCCGGGUGACUCUCGGAGAAAAACAAAUGAGGCGAGCUCCGAGUCGAUAGCUCCUUCCCCUAAAAGGGACACCAUGAGCAACUUCCAGCCAGACAGCAGCUGUUACGAGUUGCUCACUAUCAUAGGCAGAGGCUUUGAAGACUUGAUGGUUGUGAACCUGGCCAAGUAUAAACCCACAGGAGAGUAUGUCACAGUCAGAAGAGUGAACUUGGAGGCCUGCACAAAUGAAAUGGUCACAUUCUUGCAGGGGGAACUUCAUGUUUCCAAGCUCUUCAACCACCCCAACAUCGUGCCAUACAAAGCAACUUUCAUAGCUGACAAUGAGCUGUGGGUGGUGACAUCUUUCAUGGCCUAUGGUUCUGCAAAAGAUUUGAUCUGUACCCAUUUUAUGGAUGGGAUGAGUGAACUGGCCAUUGCAUAUAUCCUCCAAGGCGUAUUGAAAGCACUUGACUACAUCCACCAUAUGGGCUAUGUACAUAGGAGUGUCAAAGCCAGCCAUAUCCUGAUCUCUGUGGAUGGGAAGGUUUACCUCUCUGGCCUGCGCAGUAACCUCAGUAUGAUCAACCAUGGGCAGCGACUCAAAGUUGUUCAUGACUUCCCCAAAUACAGCAUCAAAGUCCUGCCUUGGCUCAGCCCUGAAGUCUUGCAGCAGAAUCUGCAGGGGUACGAUGCAAAAUCUGACAUCUACAGCAUCGGGAUAACAGCCUGUGAGCUGGCGAACGGCCAUGUACCAUUUAAAGACAUGCCUUCUACUCAGAUGCUCUUGGAGAAGCUGAAUGGAACUGUUCCCUGCUUGCUCGACACCACCACAAUUCCUGCUGAUGAGCUGACCAUGAAGACCUCCCGUUCGAGUGCAAAUUAUGGGAUGGGUGAGAACAUGGCUGUCAGCAACGUGAGAGCAGCCAAUGGGGAGCCAACCCUGCACCCGUAUCUUCGGACCUUCUCCACCUGCUUCCAUAACUUUGUGGAGCAGUGCCUCCAGCGGAAUCCUGACUUCAGGCCGAGCGCUGGCACUCUGCUGAACCACCCCUUUUUCAAGCAGAUCAAGCGCCGUGCUUCCGAAGCACUCCCUGAACUUCUGCGCCCUGUUACCCCAAUCACCAACCUGGAAGGAACGAGGCCGCAGGAUCCCAGUGGCAUUUUUGGGCUGGUAUCCAACCUGGAGCAGCUGGAUGUGGAUGACUGGGAGUUCUAGAGAAACGGGGACUGUGCCUGGCUCUGGAGGAGCUUCCUGGACAUUGUAAUUUAUUGGUUGUGCUCAUAAAA